UUACAAGGUCGGUAAUUAUACGACUAGUUAAACAUCUCAUACAUUAGUAAUAAUAAUACAAGGUAGACUUGUAAUACAAACGUUCGGAAAAAGCAAGCCAGUUGACCAGAAAAAUAGAGGAAAGUAACAUGGGAUAUGAUUCACAAACAAUUUGAAUAGUAUGUGAUCAUACAACCAAUCUUGCCACAAAAAGCUGAGUAACUAAAUACAAAUAGGCAAAACCAGACAAUGACGUCAUUGGUAUUGUCAAAAAAUACAUUGAAAAUGGCAUUUGGUGGCGGUUUACCAAAUGAUGAGAUUUCAACUUACACAGUUCCUGAACGACCAAAAACUGCAGGUCUUGGUAAACGAAGACCAUUGACAGACAGUUCACCUGAUGCUGAUGGCUACCAUUACAAACAAGAUUAUGAAGAGAUGAGAAAAUGUAGUGCUUUGCGUCCAAAGACCUCUCAUGGUAAUCACGAGUUAUCGUCAAAUGACGUCAAAAUGAAAACAACAUCUAAACCGCGCGAGAGUGUCGAACGAUUUGACUUGGAUACAGCCCUCGAAGACAUUGAUAUAGUAGAAUACUUUUAUGACAAUUCUAGAGAUAUCUUCCCAUUAUCGCAAGACGAGCAAAUAAACAAGAAUGGUCAUAAUCAGAAUAAAACAAAAAACAUGUUUAACAGAUUAGAUUCUGGUCGAACGAUUGACAAAAGCACAAAAUCAGAAAUAUCGAGUCAUAGGAAACCAGUGGACAGCUUGCAGAGACAGACGAUGCAUAAUAAUUGUUUAUCUUCUGAAGUUUAUUCUACGGGUCCUCACACCUCUGGCAAAAAAUUGAAACCAAUGUCUAGAAUUCCAAUUGACAUAAGUCACGAAAAACCAGAUGACAAAGUCACAAAUAUUGACAUAUAUACUAUCAAAAGGGCGACAGGUGGUUUUAAAGAAACAAAAGCUGAUAUGCAUAAGAAAAUUAAUGAAGGACAAAUCCAACAAAGGUCACCUGAUUAUUCUUGUUCGUUUGGAAGGCCUAAGAAUUAUGAUGGAUUUAUAACUUCCCGUUGUCAAUCUCACGUGAAUUCAGAAACUGGAAUGCAGUCAUCUCCGUGCAAUGAUAAAUUUGUUUCAAAGAGAAACGCGAAUAAAAACAAACCACUUACUAAAUAUACAAACGAUUUCAGAUUUAUAGACAAUAGUUCGUCAUGUCGUGCUGACCGAUUUCGACACAAAAUAAUGGAUUAUUCAGUUGACAGACCUGAUUCAUUUCAAUACAAACCAAACAAAUAUCCAAGAAAACUAAAACCAAUCGCUGGGAGUAAUGGCAUCAAAACUGUAAAUAAAGAAACGUGAUAUAUUCUAAGCGUGAAAUCAUUUAUCGAGAUUUCACUUCAUCAAUUGAAAACUGCUUAAACAGUCUUUUUAUUCAUAAAUGAAUGUUUGAUCCGUCAAUGAAGAUACUACCAAGCCAUGCCAUUUAUCCGUUGGUCAAGAAUACACACUGAAUCUUUAUGUUUAAAUAAUGAUUUCUGUGCGUUUAUUGAAUGGGUUGAUGCUCAUUCCUUGAACCCAUUUGACAAGAUGAAUAUGCUUAAGCUUAUUAUCGCUUUAAUCAACAAUUCAAAUAUUAAUCAAAAUGUGUUAUAUCAGGAACACGAUUACCAAAGAUUGUGACGUAUAUUAUUCUAAAA